CCGCAGAGCGAAGAAUAAGAGAGAAAAGGAAAAUACAAAGCAGCGACACACCGAACCAAACUCUCGCUGAAGAAGAAGAAGAGAGAGAAAGUGAAGAGAGUUGGAGCUGAUAGUGGAGGGAAUUUUCUUCUUCCUUUUUCCGAUAGCCGGCGAUCGCUUCACUUUGUCGGAAGUCCGAUCCAUUGUUCGAAGUUAAGGGAAUAACCGAUAGUCACAAAUUGAAGAAUCGUCAGUAAAAUGAAAGUGCACUGCUCCGAUUCUCGUCACAGAAGCUUUCAGUUACCCGGUGAACAGUGCUUCGAUUUUGGAAACAAGAGAGAAGAGAGCUUAGAAGGCAGAAAAUAGUGGCAUUUUGUGGUACUCUUGGAAGGAAGGAAGUCACUCACUCAUGGCGUCGGCAAGCCUUGGAAAUGGUGGUGUUGGCAGUUCCAGGUCUGUUAAUGGCUUCAGGGGUUCUUCUAGUUCAGUUGAUUGGCUCGGGAGAGAGAUGCUUGAGAUGAGAUUGAGGGACAAAGCUGACCAUGAAGAAGACAGAGAUAGUGAGCCGGACAUCAUUGAUGGUGUGGGUGCUGAAACUGGACAUGUGAUUAGAACCAGCAUCGGUGGCCGAAAUGGCCAAUCUAGGCAGAAUAUUAGCUAUAUUGCGGAACACGUUGUCGGCACAGGCUCUUUCGGUGUUGUUUUUCAAGCAAAAUGUAGAGAAACCGGAGAGAUUGUAGCCAUCAAGAAGGUUCUCCAGGAUAAGCGCUACAAGAAUAGAGAACUACAGAUAAUGCAGAUGCUGGACCAUCCAAAUAUUGUGGCCCUUAGGCAUUGUUUCUAUUCAACGACUGACAAAGAAGAAGUUUACUUGAAUCUUGUACUUGAAUAUGUUCCUGAAACUGUGAAUCGUAUUGCAAGGAACUAUAGCCGAAUGAAUCAGCGAAUGCCUUUAGUAUAUGUAAAGCUUUAUACCUAUCAGAUUUGCAGGGCCCUUGCUUAUAUACAUAAUUGCAUUGGUAUAUGUCACCGUGACAUCAAACCUCAGAACUUACUUGUGAACCCACACACUCAUCAGCUGAAACUAUGUGAUUUUGGAAGUGCUAAAGUGUUGGUGAAAGGAGAACCUAAUGUUUCUUACAUCUGUUCAAGAUACUAUCGUGCUCCAGAACUUAUCUUUGGUGCCACUGAAUAUACAACCGCGAUAGAUAUAUGGUCAACUGGUUGUGUAAUGGCUGAAUUACUUCUUGGACAGCCUUUGUUUCCUGGAGAGAGUGGAGUCGAUCAACUUGUUGAAAUCAUCAAGGUUUUGGGAACUCCAACAAGGGAGGAGAUAAAAUGCAUGAACCCAAAUUAUACUGAAUUUAAGUUUCCACAGAUAAAACCUCAUCCAUGGCACAAGGUCUUUCAAAAACGUUUACCCCCAGAAGCAGUAGACCUUGUCUGUAGAUUUUUUCAGUACUCUCCCAAUCUGCGAUGCACUGCUUUGGAAGCUUGCAUUCAUCCCUUCUUCGAUGAGUUGAGGGACCCUAACACCCGGCUUCCUAAUGGUCGCCCACUUCCACCUCUGUUUAAUUUUAAGCCUCAGGGUAAGUUAAGAACUUUCAGGGAUACCACCUGACGUCAUCAGUCGGCUUAUUCCAGAGCAUGCUCGUAAGCAGAACUUGUUCAUGGCAUUGCACAACUAGCAAGUUAUUUUUCCUUUUUUCUCCCCAGUACUAGCACUCUAGCAGGCUGUAAAUUAUCGGGUGCAUCUGAGAAAGAAAACAAAGAAUGCCACAGAAAAUUCCUAGGAUUACCCUUAUAUUAUUAUAUGAUAAUAUAAUAUAUCAUAUAUAAAGUUGAACGUUUUAAAUUUCUUGUCGGAGGAGGGUUCUUUUUCUCUUGUUGCUUAAGAGAAUGUUUUGCGUAUAAAAAUCUCAAUACAAUACAGGUGCUCCGACUAUUUUAGACCCUGUUUGGUGCCUGGCACAGGAUGAAGCAGGAUGGUAUGCAUAUAAAA